CUUACUGUGAUUGUCUCACGUCUCACGAUAGUUAGUGCUGGUCAUUAACCUGAUUUCGUGUGUUUCCGUUCUUCGUUUUCGAUCACAUUAUUUAUGUAAACCACCUUCGCUAGAGGUACAUUCAGCUACAAAUUCCGUCAACGACAUCAUACAUCAGGGACCAUGAAGAAAUCGUUGAAAGGAACGAAUUUCGUAAUCCCAGAGGACAUGUUCAGCAAGUUCCUGAACCAAUCAAAAGCCGAGGAGGAGAGCAAGGUCAAGGAAGAAUCGAGUCAAUUGAGUGACAGUACGGAGUCUGAGAGAGAAGAGCUGCAACAGUCGCCAAUGAAGGCAUUAUUCCAGACGCCAGUGGCGCCAAAGAGAAAGGCCGCCGAAGCCUCCAAGAUCGUCUUCUCGCGCGGCUCCGAAGAGCUCAAAACUCCCCACAUGAAGAAAGCCAUUCACGACAAAAACAAGCAAAUCCACUCUGUUUUGGACGCUUUCCAUGGAAAAGUGCAGAAGAAGGUCGCGUCCGACAGGAAAGCCGCCCUGACGAAGGCGUACAAAUCCCUGGAGCCCCUCUGCAAGGAAAUCAAGGAGGAUUGCAAACUCAUUGAGAAGCAGCAAAAACAAAUUGGUGAAAUGAUGAAGUUGAUGAAAGAGCACAACUCCAUGGUUGAAACCAUGAAGCAGAGGCAGCUGAAAUACGUCACUGCGGUGCAGAAACUCGUGCUUGACGCAAAACAGGAGUUGGAGAGCCCAGACGCGAGUGCAGUGAAGGAGUACCCUGGCAUGGCGGCUCAGCUGCAGGAUGACAUGGACAAGGCCAUCAAUCAGAUGACUGCCGAAAAUGCCAAAUUCUUCAUUGAGAAGUUCUGCAGUGCCAUCGAGAUGUAACAAACGAUGAGCGCUGCUUUUUUUCAGUUUGGAAAAUAUAUGUUUGAAUAUAAAGGGGUCAAUGCGCGGGAAACUGUAAGGAAAGGAUUCUAAGAACGUACUUUUCAUUAGAAUCCACGUUUAUUGUACUGUAAAACCCAUCAGAAAACAGUAAUUUUUCUGAAACCUAAUUUAAUUUUCUCAAAUUACGGAAAUUAUUGUAAAAGAAAUUUAAAAUGCACGCAUAAAUAUAAAAAAUGAGAAUUUAAAUACUAGGA